CCCUCCCCGCCCACUCAGGGGGGCGAUGCUCCUCCUCUUCCUCCUCCUUUGCCUCUGCCCGCUCCUCCUCCCCCCGCUCCAUCCCCCGAGCCGGGAGCUCGAGGAUUUCUCCUUCCCAAAGCUUGGCCAGAUGAAGGAGGCUGCGAGGAAGAGGAAGAUGCCAUGGGCCCUCCAAGCAGGCCCCGAGCUGAGGACGGAGGGCACAGAGGACAAAUCCCCCCGGCAGACCCUGGUGGGAGAGGCCGUUUUGAAGGGCUCCACGGCACAGGAAGGCAGCGGGGAGGAAAAGGGCAGGAGAUCCCUCAGGAGGAGGGGCUCCAAAGCCAGCCCAGGGUGCUCUGUGGAGGAAAGACUCAGCCUGUGCUGGGAAGGCGGCCGGAGCUUGAGCCAGAGCUCUGAGCUGGUGGUCCCUGAGCAGCCUCCCAGCAGGGAGAAGCCCUUCAUGUGCUUGGAAUGUGGGAAGAGCUUCAACAGCAGCUCCAAGCUCCUCGCCCACCAGCGUGUCCACACUGGGGAACGGCCCUAUGAGUGUGAGGAAUGUGGGAAGACCUUCCUCUAUAGCUCCCACCUCCUCACCCACCGCCGGGUGCACACGGGGGAACGGCCCUACAAGUGCUUGGAAUGCGGGAAGGGCUUCAGCGUCAGCUCCCGCCUGAUCCGCCACCAGCAGAUCCACACUGGGGAACGGGGGCCCCAGCCCUACAAAUGUGGGGAAUGCAAGAAAAGCUUCACAUACAAUUCUGACCUCGUCACCCACCAGCGCACGCACACGGGGGAGAAGCCCUACGAGUGUGGGGAGUGUGGGAAGAGGUCUCGGAGUAGCUCAGAUCUCCUCAGGCACCAGCGGACACACACGGAUGAGAGGCCCUUCCGCUGCACCGACUGUGGGAAGGGCUUCAAACAGAAGUGCACCCUCAUCACCCACCGGCGCAUCCACAGCGGGGAGAGGCCCUACAAGUGUGCGGAGUGUGGGAAGAGCUUCACCCACAGCUCUGACUUGACCAGACACCAACGGACCCACCAGUAAGGGAAGCCCUACGAGUGCCUCGACUGCGGGAAGAGCUUCAUCUGCUGCUCCAACUCCAUCACCUGUCGGAGGACUCACCUUGGGAACAGGCUUGGUGACCCACAUUCCCAGUGACCCACCUUGGGAACAGGCUUGGUGACCCACAGUCCCAGUGACCCACAUUGGGAAGACCCCUGGCUGGUGGACUGUGGCAGGAUAGUCCCAGCCUGGCCAGACCCAAGGUCCAAUCAAGCUCAUAAUCAAGCUGUCAUGCAAGAUCAACUGCUGGAGCCAGGCUGUUGUCUCGGUGUUAACUCUGCUCAAACCAUCCUGGUUGGUCCAGCGUUGAACACACACCCUGCUGGUUGAAGUCUGGGUUGACAGAUAAGCUGAAAGCUGGCCUGGAAAGGCGGGCCUGGCACUCAAUCACUUUAUCCUAUAAAAAGUCCAGUCCCCUCUCAUGCAGUCGGGUUCUUUCUGACAAAACCCUCCCUGGGGGGUGUGUGGAGAUUCCUCCCUUGGCUGGGGACGCCCUCCAAGGUCACUCCUUGAGGCUGAGAGGAAGAGAUCUCCCCAUGAGUGUUGGUCUGGGUGAGUUACAUCAGAUCUCUACUUAAUAAUUAUUUCUGUUUGCCAGCUUUAAUAGAACUGCUUCAAUAAAUGCUUUGUUCCAGUGCCCUGUACUGCUUUACGCUGUAUUAGACUCUACUAGUAGAAUUUUAGUGUUUAUAUUGUUUUAGUGUUUCUGUUGUGCAGUAAAUAGUUCUGAUUAAGGGUUUUUGUCUGAUCAUUUGUAUAAGGUACAUUAUUCAUUUUAUAUAAAUAUUCUUGUUUUGCCAUCAUUAAAACCUGUGGGACA